AUGGAGGACACUGCACCACCCCAAAUAGAUGAUGAAUCAUUUAGUUGUUGGUUAAGCCUAAUCAAUCAACUCGAAAUCAGCAAAGAACCCAGGGACCUGACAAAAGAAGAUCUACUCAACAAAUCGCUACCAACUAACAGCCUAUGGGAAGCUUUUUACUAUAGCUACUCAAGGUGGAUUGGAUUCAGUGUUAGAAAACAUGACGUUAGAAAGGACACUGAAAACAAUGAAUGGCAGCGUGUUUGGGUUUGCUCAAGACAGGGAACACGAAAAAAUAAGUGGAUAAACUUGGAAAAUCGAAAAAGAAUAGCUAAACCAAUAACAAGAGUGGGUUGCCCAGCACGUAUACGAGUCAAUUUGGACAGGUCAAACAAUACAUCGGUUGUGAGAGACUUUGAGCCACACCACAAUCACAACUUAGUGUUGCCCAUAGAAAACCAAUUCCUAAGAUCCAACAGGAAGGUAACCACAGAAAUUGGUGAGCAAGUUAUGUCUAUGAGAAGAUCCGGGAUACGAACUUGUCACAUACUAAAUCAUUUGGCACAAGAAAGAGGUGGUCAGGAUUAUGUCCCUUUCCAAAGUAGAGACCUUUAUAAUUGGAUUGGUGAUAAGGCAAAAUCGACUGAAACAGAAACCGAGUCUGAGGGAGCAUUAGGAUAUUUGGAAUGUCUUGCAAGAAAGGAUGACCAAUUCUAUGGAAUCUACAGCAUAGACGACCAGACAAGGCUAGCAAAUCUUUUUUGGUGUGAUGGAAUUUCAAGGCGAGAUUACCAAACUUUCGGAGAUGUUUUGGCUUUUGACACGACUUACAAGACAAAUGCUUACAAGAAGCCAUUAUUGAUCCUUGUUGGUGUGAACCACCACUUUCGAACAACGGUCUUUGGACUUGCUUUACUAUGUGACGAGAGUGCCUCAACAUUUAUAUGGGUUCUACAGUGCUUCCUUGAUGCGAUGUAUAACAAACCACCUUCAGUAGUUAUCACGGAUGGUGACAAGGCAAUGCGAGAAGCCAUUAAUGUUGUAAUGCCAAAUGCGGUACACCGGUUGUGUGCUUGGCACAUAUCAACCAAUGCCUCAAAAGCAGUCCCAAAUCCCUCUUUCAAAACAGCCAUGAAUCACCUCUUGUAUCAUUACUAUUUUCAGGAAGAAGAGUGGGAACAGGAGUGGAAAUCAGUUAUGGAGAAAUUCGGUCUGCAAACAAAUGGUUGGUGUCAGGCUCAGUAUGAAACAAAGAGAAAUUGGGCAGAAACUUUUCUUCGCGGUCAUUUUAUGGCUGGAUCAAGGACAACUCAAAGAUCAGAGUCAACUAAUUCAUAUUUGAACCAAUUCUUGUCAAGUAAACUCAAGCUAAGAGACUUUAUUGGUCAAAUUGAUAAUGCAUUACAAAAGAUACGCACAAUGAGCUUGAAGAUGACUUCAAAAGCAACCACUCAUCACCCCAUAUUCCACGGGACGUGUUGA